AUGCCUUAUGAGAUCACCCGUCUACCGUUACUUUCUGUGCGGCCUUUUUUUUUUCACGACCUGGUGAUCGAGCAAGAAUUGUCCGUUACCUCAUGUUCCCCAGAGGCCCAGGAUCGAUUGGAAAAAUUCUGCUCUCAUAAGAUUGAGUUGGCCAUCGAGGCUGCCAGCGCGGUUAUAAGCCGAGCCCGAGAACAGGAGGAAAAACGCCUUCGUGAGGAGACAGAGAAUGGAAAUAGGAGAUGUAAAUUUUCCGUCGUCAGGAGCGACUUUCGGUCCAUGAUCGAAAAAAAGCACUUUCUUCCUCCUUCAGAACCUCUGGUCCGCCUACGGGUGGACAUUAGUGGGGGAUUUGAUUCGUUCAGCUCUUUACGCUUUGGUCAAAAAUUUGUCGGAAAAGUGGCCAACCCAAAGGUGAGCUAG